AUGUCCCAGAUGACUCCCAGUUCUGUGGUAAUGUCCCAAGUGACGCCCACUUCCGUGAUCCAAGAGACUCCCACUUACGUUGUAAGGUCCCAAGAGAGUACUACCACUUCCAUUGUGAGAACCCAGAAGACUCCCAUUUUCGCCGUGAGUUCCCAAGAUACUCCAACUUCCCUGGUGAAAUCCCAGGAAACUCCCCAGUCUAUACUAAUGUCCCAGAAAAAAUCUGUAUCCAGUUCCAAGAGAACUGUUUACUUAAAUUGGUUGAACAUGGUAGUUCUAGCUUGUUGUAUAGUACCUUCUUAUCCAGGAAUACUAGACCUGGAUGAUCCCCGGAUCCCAGAUUCAGCUGACAAUCUUCAUAUAGCUGCUAAAUAUCUAGGAGAUCAUGUCACUGAACUCAAUCCUGACCUGCUGGUUCUAAUAUCUCAUCGAUCUCCCCGAAUACCUGACCAGAUUGCUCUACAUCUGGGUUCUACAGCUGUUGGAUCAUCAUGUCUCCAUGCUCAUUGGCAGCAGUUCAAGGUGAGCGGAAAUAUAGGUAUUGAGGAGACAAAGGAACUCCAUGAAAUGCUGGAAAAUAAAGGGAAGAAAGUUUGUCUUAUCGAGCCAGGAGACUGCGGAACCACUUUAGGAUGGGCUGAGACGACUAGUCUCUGGUUCCUAGGGGAGACAAGGGGGACUAGUGGUACCAGAUCCAGGACUAUUCACCAGGAUAUGCUGAUAAUCAGUCCCCCCGGCCCAAGAGAAGCUCCUAAUGAAGAGACGCCUGACUUUCUUGACUAUUGUGUUUCCAUCGGUGAAGAUAUAGCUGAUAUUCUUGAUGAUAUGACAGAGAAGAUUGUAAUUAUAGUUCCUGGAGAUCUUAGUCAGGAGCAUUUGCCUCAUGGAGACUUUCCUGAAUUCAAACCUCCAGGAAAUAUUAAACACGAUAUAUCAAGAGUAGACAAGGAGUUGAGAAAACCAAACUUCAGGAAGGCGGAAGCAUUUGAUGAUACUAUUGAGCACUGGGUCAGAACAAUACAUAGAGCUGAACUAGUAGAUAGAGCUCCAGAUAUAUUGUAUACUCCUGCUCUUCUUUCUCUUUCUAUUCUUCAGGGUAUUGUAGAACGAUGUGGAUUAGCUGGUGAGGUUCUAGCUAGAGCAGCACCCUCCUACCUGGGUCAACUCGCGGCUCUCUUCCAUCCUCAAGACAAGGGUUGGAGAGUGCUGGGAAGGCCUUUGCCUAAGAAAGUAUAAAAUGCAGAAAUCCAGUCUAAAAAGUUGGGAUUUUUGGUUUGAAAUAAAGAACCAACAUCAUUCUU